AUGACAUGGAGAUCUGCUCUGUUUUCAUCAACUAUUAUCUUGUUAUUUGAAGGGCUUCUAUACAAAUCGGAUGAGGCAAAUAGGAACAAACUAGUUGAUUAUUUUAGAGAAUCUCCCCUGGAAGACAUCGAGAUUAGAUUAUCCAUAUCUCUUAACCCAGAGCAAUUGAAGCUUCCAGAUCUUGCUGAAAGCAGUCAAAUUCAAACCAACUACGAGCUAAACAGGAUAAACCAAGGACUUAUCUGUCAAUACAAGGUGGAUUAUUACAGCUUUUCUCCAGAUUGCUAUUUUCAAAUGGAUCUGAUUAUCAGUGACAACGAUGCCAUAAGCAUAUAUGAGAACGAGCCUAUAAUUGAUUUAUACCAUCAACUGCAGUCAAUUAGAGAGAACGAUCUUCCCUUUUUUGUGUCUCAGGCGGCUCUGUAUCAUUUAUUAGAGUCUGAACUGGAGUCGCUAGCUGCAAAUCACUAUACAAGGAAGUUUACUGGGAAGAAAUACGUUACCAUACCUAAUGAACCAAUCGAUCUGGAAACAGUUUGUGUGAACGACACCAGCGUGAUACGGAGGCUUAGUAAAGUGACUGUCUUGAAUUCAACUAUAUGUGAAAACCGAAGCGUGGAUUCAUUUUUGAGCACUGUUACACCGAAUAAUUUGAAGUUUCAGGUGGAUAAGGCAAUCCGGUUGAAAUUUCUACAACAAAUGAUGUCAUUCUAUGGCAUGUUACUACAAAUCAACCAAGGUGAAAACAAAUAUAAAGAAAAGCACAAUUUGUUCCGGAACGUUCUCCAGAGACGGAAAGAGGCUGUUGAGCUUUUCAACAGCAAUCAUUGGGAUGAAGCUUUGACCCUUCUGAAUCAAUUGUCGAUCGACAAUUUGCCAGCAACUAACUACACGGACUCGGGUUGGUGGCUUCGAAGCGGCUUGUACGGACUAAUUUUGAUGUGGCAGCUCAUUUUCCAGUGA